UUCCACUAACAAUGGAACAUAGUUUCAUGUUUCCAUUGUUGUUCUUGUUGCUGAUUACUUUACCUUUGAGUGCAGAAUCAAAGUGUAGCAAGAGCUGUGACUUAGCUUUAGCUUCUUACUAUCUUUGGAACAAUGAUUCCAGCCUGCUAUAUAUUUCACACAUCAUGCAAUCCAAUCUUCUUCAUAAAGUUGAAGAUAUUGUUAGAUACAACAAACACACCUCAUAUCCAUCACAUACCAGAGUUAAUGUUCCAAUCCCUUGUGAUUGCAUCAAUGAUGGAGAGUUUCUGGGCCACACAUUCCAGUACUCAGUUACUCGAGGCGACGACUACUUAACCAUUGCCAAUGGGACUUUUUCCAACUUGGUCACAGCAGAGUGGCUGCAGAACAUUAACAGCUAUUCACAAGCUGCUAUUCCGGCCGGUGGAAAGGUUAAUGUGACAGUUAACUGUUCUUGUGGAGACAGUAAUAUUAGCAAAGAUUAUGGAUUGUUCAUCACAUACCCUCUUAGGCCUGAGGAUUCUUUGCAGUCAAUUGCAAACCAGACAAAGCUUGAUCCUGAGUUGUUGAUGAAAUACAACCCCGGUGUAAAUUUCAGCAAAGGGAGUGGUCUGGUUUAUAUUCCUGGCAGAGAUGAAAACGGCAACUAUGCGCCUCUUCGCCCAAGAACAGGUCUACCAGAUAGGGUUGUUGCUGGAAUAUCUGUUGGAAUUGUAGCAGUAGUUCUGUUAUUAGCAUUUUGUGUUUGUAUUAAAUGUUGCGGAAGGAAGAAGAAGAAACUGAGAACAGAAUAUUUCGCCUCUGAUAGCUUUGUAAACACAAGUAUAGAAAAAUCAGCAGAGUUUUCAUAUGAAGAACUGGCCCAUGCCACAAAUAACUUCAGUUUGGAUAACAAAAUUGGUCAAGGUGGGUUUGGAGAAAUCUAUUAUGCGGAGCUGAAUGACAAGAAAGCUGCAAUAAAGAAGAUGGACAUGAAAGCAUCAAAAGAAUUUCUUGCAGAACUGAAAGUGUUGACACAUGUUCAGCACUUAAACCUGGUCCAUUUGAUUGGAUAUUGUGUUAAGGACUUCCUUUUCCUUGUGUAUGAAUAUAUCGACAAUGGAAACUUAAGCGAACAUCUACGAAAUUCAGAUAGAGAACCUUUGCCAUGGUCUACCCGGAUUCAAAUAGCUCUGGAUUCAGCCAGAGGACUUGAAUAUAUUCAUGAACAUACAAAGCCUGUAUAUAUCCAUCGCGAUAUAAAGUCUUCCAAUAUAUUAUUAGAUAAAUCCUUCCAUGGAAAGGUUGCGGAUUUCGGACUAGCAAAGCUGAUUGAUACUGGAAGUUCAUCAGCUCCCACUGCUAAUAUGGCAGGCACAUUUGGUUACAUGCCACCAGAGUAUGUAUAUGGCAGAGUUUCUCCUAAAUUAGAUGUCUUUGCUUUUGGGGUUGUCCUUUAUGAGCUUAUUUCUGCUAAAGAAGCUGUGAUCAAUGGUGGUGCUGAAAUCAAGGGCCUUGUAGCUUUGUUUCAUGAAGUUUUUGAUCAACCAGACCCUAAAGAAGGUCUUAAAGAACUGGUGGAUCCUAGGCUUGGAGAAAAUUACUCAAUUGAUUCAGUUUUCAAGAUGGCACAACUUGCCAAUGCAUGUACAGAGGCAGAUCCGAAGCGGCGUCCAAAGAUGAGAUCGGUGGUGGUUGCUCUUAUGACACUUGGUUCAAGCACUGAGAAUUGGGACAUUGCUUCCUUCUAUGAAAAUCCAGCUCUUGUGAAUCUAGUAUCUGGUAGAUAGAAGUAACCAUGCACGAGGGGGAUACAAAUGUUACAUUGUAGUUCUUUUUGGACUAAAUCCCCAUUUUGGUCCCUCAAAUUCACGCGAUUACUCAUUUUGGUCCCUGAAAUUUAAAAUUACCUAUACUGGUCCUCCAGAUUUAAGUUUUGGCACCAAUAUGGUCCCUCAACUCUUUUCGGUGAUGAUUAGGCAAAUGGAAUGCUGAGAUGACACCCUUCCUAUCACGUUGGACGCUGUAACGACUAGUUAAUGUGGCAAGGGUUGUAUUUGUAUCCAAUUUAAUCCAUGAAACCCUAAUUAUCUUAUUAUUUAUCUGAGUUAUAAUAACAAAGUUUUAAUAAAAGGGGACUAAAUUGGAUACAAAUACAAUCCUUGUCACAUCAACUAAUCGUUACAGCGUCCAACGUGACAGGAAGGGUGUCAUAUCAGCACUCCAUUUGCUUAAUCAUCACCGGAAAGAGUUGAGGGACCAUAUUGGUGCCUAAACUUAAAUCUGGAGGACCAGUAUAGGUAAUUUUGAAUUUCGGGGACCAAAAUGAGUAAUCGCAUGAAUCUCAGGGACCAAAACGAGGAUUUAGUCUUCUUUUUUGGCAAAACAAAAACUAGUUUGGGAAGAACCACUCUAUUGAUGCAUUUGAAAUGUCUAUCAACUUAUUAUGGCAUUGAUAAACAAUCAAUGCUCUCAAGAUAUAGCUUCCAUGGUUCUUUGUGGUUUAUUAACAAACACUUUGUGCAUAUUGGAAUAUUCAAUUCUUUAUGGAGAAAACGAGUCAAUU